AUACACCGCACCACCAUGAGCCAAUCAAAGGCUGUUUUCAUUCUAUUAUUGAAUGUAUUUUUAACAACAUUCGUCUGUGCCCAAUAUGGUAGACCUGCUGGCAAUAGCAACCCCGGAUACGGUAGUACAGGUACCAAUAUACCAUCAGGAUAUUAUGGACAAAAAGGCCAAUAUCCUGGUAGUACAGGUACCAAUAUACCAUCAGGAUAUUAUGGACAAAAAGGCCAAUAUCCUGCAGGUAGUACAGGUACCAAUGUACCAUCAGGAUAUUAUGGACCCAAAGGCCAAUAUCCCGUCGGAGGACCUGGUGGAUCAGAUGGAAAUUCUGAACCCGAGCCGUUCAACUUUGCUUACCAAGUGAAAGAUGCACCCACCAAUACAUACUUCACGCACGAAGCCAACAGUGACGGCAAACGAGUGACUGGAGCGUACAGCGUACUUCUUCCUGACGGUCGUAAUCAAGUAGUGACAUAUUUUGCCGACGAAAAUGGUUACAACGCCAAGGUCAACUAUGAAGGAGAAGCUAAACCACAACCAGCUCAACCAGGCAGCCAAGGAGGUUAUCUGUCCGCACCUGGUUUCUCUUCUACUGCUCCCAAAUAUCCUCCUGUCCCUAUACGUGGCUCUGCUCCUCGUCCCACUGGUUAUCCAGGUUCUGCUAUUCCUGCUUCUGCUCCUGUCCCUGGUUAUUCUUCUUCUGCUCCUACCUUUGGUUCUCCUGCUUUGGCUCCAGCCAGUGGCCCAUCGUCUGCCCCAAGUCUUGUAAAGUACUAGUAAAAGUAUUCAAAUACUUUUUAAGUACUCAAAUACGUAUUCUAAAUACAUCUGAAAAAAGUACUUGGGCACAAUAUCCGAAUUACUUAAAUACUAUAAAUUAUUCUAUUACUAUUAAUACUAUAAUUAUCCAAAUACUGUUUUUAAAUACUUUUUUCGUCUUACUUUAUAUAUUGGGACACCAAAUUUUUAUUAUAUUAAACAAAUUUGAAAUUGUACAACAUUUUUAUUUAUA